AUAUAUUUGUACAAGUGAAUGCCCCUAAUAAUAACAUUUCAAUCUGAGUUCUCAUUGAUUUCAUUUAAUUAGUGGAGACGGACUUAACACACAAAGAUGACUAAUGGCGAACCCUCCGUCACCAACCUCCCAACCAUCAAGUUCACCAAAUUAUUCAUUAAUGGAGAUUUCGUUGAUGCCAUUUCAGGGAAGACAUUUGAAACAAUAGACCCAAGAAGAGGAGAGGUGAUAGCGAGGAUUAGCGAAGGAAGCAAAGAAGACAUUGACGUUGCUGUAGAGGCGGCACGCCACGCAUUCGACUCCGGUCCAUGGCCUCGCCUUUCCGGUGCUGAGAGAGCAAAAAUAAUGAUGAAAUUUGCGGAACUAAUUGAUGAAAACAUAGAAGAGCUAGCUGCAUUAGAUGCAAUUGAUGCAGGAAAGUUGUACCAUAUGUGUAAGGCAUUGGACAUUCCAGCAGCAGCAAAUACUCUGCGUUACUAUGCAGGUGCUGCUGAUAAAAUUCAUGGAGAGGUUUUGAAAGUUGCUAGAGAGUUCCAUGCUUAUACAUUGAUGGAACCAAUUGGUGUUGUUGGACAUAUCAUUCCUUGGAAUUUUCCCACUUCCAUGUUUUUUCUUAAGGUUAGCCCUUGUUUAGCUGCUGGCUGUACCAUGAUCAUCAAACCUGCUGAACAAACACCUCUCUCUGCUUUGUUUUAUGCUCAUCUAGCUAAAUUGGCAGGAAUCCCAAAUGGAGUGUUGAAUGUAGUGCCCGGAUUUGGGCCAACUGCCGGUGCUGCAGUCAGCUCACACAUGGACAUUGAUGCGGUGAGCUUUACUGGUUCAACACAAACUGGGCGUGAAAUAAUGCAAGCUGCAGCUAAGAGUAAUCUAAAACAUGUUUCACUUGAAUUAGGAGGCAAGUCACCUCUCAUUAUUUUUGAUGAUGCUGAUAUUGACAAAGCUACUCACCUUGCUCUAUUAGGCAUCUUAUUAAACAAGGGUGAAGUGUGUGUUGCAAGUUCACGUGUGUUCGUUCAAGAAGGGAUCUAUGAUGAAUUUGAGAAAAAAUUGGUAGAAAAGGCUAAAGCUUGGGUCAUUGGGGACCCUUUUGAUCCUAAAGUUCAGCAAGGGCCUCAAGUUGACAAAAAACAAUUUGAAAAAAUUCUUUCAUAUAUAGAACAUGGGAAGAGAGAAGGAGCUACCCUUUUGACUGGGGGUAAAACAGUAGGAAACAAGGGAUAUUACAUUGAGCCAACAAUUUUCUCAAAUAUAAAGGAGGAUAUGCUUAUAGCACAAGAUGAAAUAUUUGGUCCAGUGAUGGCACUCAAGAAGUUUAAGACUAGAAUUGUGACAAAGAAUUUGGAUAUAGCAAACACUAUGUCAAGGUCCAUUCGUGCAGGCACAAUUUGGAUAAAUUGUUAUUUUGCUUUUGGAGAUGAUAUUCCAUUUGGAGGAUAUAAGAUGAGUGGAUUUGGAAGAGAUUAUGGAUUGCAAGCCCUUCACAAGUAUUUACAAGUUAAAUCUGUUGUUACUCCCAUUUAUAAUUCUCCUUGGUUAUAA